GGCUGCCGGUGCCUGAUCCUUCCCGGUGCCUCCUGCCGGAGGAGGGGCGGGGGCAGGCGGGGGGGUCCCCGCCAUGGACCCCCGGCCUCUCAACGAGUCGCUACAGGAGAUGCUCUGCCGCUCCGGGAACGGCACCGGGAACGGACCCGGCACCGGCAACGGCACCAACGGCUCGGUCUGCGACCUCCUCCGCAGGGGCCUCCGCGGGCCCCCGGCGCCCAGAGAGCUGGACGUGGCGGUGCGCGUGGUGCUAUACGUGCUGAUCUUCGUGCUGAGCGUCGGGGGCAACGCGCUGGUGGUGGCCGUGCUGGCGCUGAACCGGCGGCUGCGCACCGUCACCAACUGCUUCCUGCUGUCGCUGGCCCUGAGUGACCUGCUCCUGGCGCUGUGCUGCAUGCCCUUCACCCUGCUGCCCGGCCUCAUGGGCGCCUUCAUCUUCGGCGACGUGGUCUGCAAGCUCGUCGCAUACCUCAUGGGGGUCUCGGUGGCCGUGUCCACCUUCAGCCUGGUGGCCAUCGCCAUCGAACGCUACAGUGCCAUCUGCAACCCGCUGCAGUCGCGCGCCUGGCAGACGCGGUCCCACGCGUGCCGCGUCAUCGCGGGCACCUGGGCGCUGGCAGCGCUGCUGAUGCUGCCCUACGCCGUGUACAGCACCACGCGGCCCGCGGCCCCCCGCCCGACCCCCGCGCAGUGCACGCACCACUGGCCCAGCGAGCGCGUCCGGCAGGCCUGGUACGUCCUGCUGCUCCUUGUGCUCUUCUUCAUCCCGGGCGUGGUGAUGACGGUGGCGUACGGGCUCAUCUCCCGCGAGCUCUACCGCGGCAUCCGCUUUGAGCUGGACGUCAAGAGGGAGGUGGCAGGUGAGGGGAUGGGGCGGGGGUGAUGCCGGGGGUGACUCCUCUGUGGGAAGAGUGCCCACCCUAGCAGGGGAGGCACGGGCGAUGAGGGUGACGGGUGCUACCUGCAGCUGUCCCGUCCGGGUGCAGCGCUGGAGCUGCGGGCGCUGGGGGCAGCGCAGCAGGACCGGGCCCGCAUCAACAGCUCGGGGGCCCAGCUGGCGGCCAAGCGGCGCGUGAUCCGCAUGCUGGUGGUCAUCGUGGCCAUGUUCUUCCUCUGCUGGCUGCCCAUCUUCACCGCCAACACCUGGCGUGCCUUUGCCCCGCGGGCAGCCCAGCGGGCGCUCUCGGGCACACCCAUCGCCUUCAUCCACCUGCUGUCCUACACCUCAGCCUGCGCCAACCCCCUCAUCUACUGCUUCAUGAACCGCCGCUUCCGCAAGGCCUUCGGGGCCACCUGUGCGGGCUGGGGGUGCCGCCGCGCCUGCCCCCGCCGCCCGCCCGAGGACGAGCCCCCCAUGGCCAGUGCCUCACUCUCCAAGUUCAGCUACACCACUGUCAGCAGCCUGGGACCCCCCUGAGCCGGCACCCCCGAGCUGGAGCCCCCCGAGCCCUCCAACACCAGUGCCUGGGGCCCACGCCAGCUGGACCCCCACCAGCCCCCAUGGCCAACACCUUUCUCUCCAAGUUCAGCUACACCAUCCUCAGCAGCCUGGGACCCCUGAACUAGCCCCCCUUAGGCCCCCUAACAGCAGUGCCUGCCUCC